AUGGCCCUUAAAUCGGCAGCAACCACUCUGCGACGAUCGCUGGAAGACCCCAAUACAUUCAUCACAGCCCCGGGUGUCUACGAUGGAAUGUCAGCACGACUCGCGCUGGCCGCAGGCUUCGAAGCGCUAUACAUGACAGGUGCCGGAACAGCAGCCUCAGUACACGGCCAAGCCGACCUAGCAAUUUGCACUCUGAACGACAUGCGCGCAAACGCCGAGAUGCUAGCGAACCUCUCCCCAAGCACCCCACUAAUCGCCGAUGCCGACACCGGCUACGGUGGGCCGAUCAUGGUCGCCCGCACGACAGAACAAUACGCACGUUCCGGCGUAGCCGGCUUCCACAUCGAGGACCAAGUGCAGACCAAGCGGUGCGGACACCUCUUCGGCAAGCAGCUGGUCGACACAGCGACCUUCGUCAGCCGCAUCCGGGCGGCCGUGCAGGCGCGCGAACGGAUUGGCAGCGACAUUGUGGUUAUUGCGCGGACGGACUCGCUGCAGCAGCAUGGCUAUGAGGAGGGUUUGGCGCGGUUGCGUGCGGCAAGGGAUGCGGGUGCGGACGUGGGGUUCUUGGAGGGGAUCUCGUCGCGGGAGAUGGCGAGACAGGCUGUGAAAGAUCUUGCGCCGUGGCCUUUGUUGUUGAAUAUGGUUGAGCAUGGGUCUACGCCUUCGAUUUCGGCGCAGGAGGCCAAAGAGAUUGGGUUCCGCAUUAUCAUUUACCCUUUUGCCACUUUGGGACCGGCGCUUUUGGCUAUGCGGGAGGGUCUGGAGAAGUUGAAGCGUGAUGGGUUGCCUGGUUUGGACAAGGAGGUCACGCCUCAGAUGUUGUUUAGAGUCUGCGGGCUGGAUGAGAGUCUCAAAGUGGAUGCUGCUGCUGGUGGCAGCGCGUUCGAGGGUGGCGUGGAUCUAGGACAGAAGUGA